ACAAAAACCGGUUCCCAUCGUUCAUAUAAAAGAGUUUGCAAAUCCUGCCGGCUCGGUCGCGGUCGUCACAUCAUCGUUAAGGGGUGGGGAACGUCACUUCUCCGUUAUUAUGCGCCAGCAUCCUUACAGUUAAGACAGUACGGUUGUUUUUUUUCCCCAAGUAGAAUUAUUUUACGCUCAGUCUGCACUUCACACCAACACCCAAUACACUAAUUUCUUCUUAAAAGUGUUUUUCUUACUGAUUCGGUCGCCUCGUAGCUUUUACCAGUUCAUUAGCUAGGCUGAGAUGCUAACAUUAGCUAGCUGAGUCGUGCAAAACGUAGUCAAAGAACCGCCUGCUACAGACGCUUUCUGUGGGUAAAAAACACCGUCAGUAUGGCCUUAUCGGAAACAGAAAACAGUUACCAAGGAGGAGAAGAAGAGGCAGAUGUUAUUGUUAAAACGUGUGUUUUGGGAGGUUUCAGCGAGAGCAGUGAGACCCGAACACUCAUCGGUAGUCUGCCAGAGAUCCACGAAGACGAGCGAGUAAAGGAGGUUGCAAUUGAGAAGUUCAAAGUAAUAAUGGACAGAUACCAGGAGCAGCCUCAUCUGCUGGAUCCACAUCUAGAAUGGAUGACAGAGAUGCUGCUGAACUUCACAAGGAGUGAAAAUUCACCCCCUUCAUUGGUUCACCUGAGCUUCAAGUUCCUCUUUGUCAUUUCUAAGGUGAGAGGCUAUAAAAUCUUCAUGCAGCUUCUUCCUCAUGAGGUGUCUGAUGUCCAUCCAGUUCUGGAGCUGAUGUCCAGACAGGAUCCCAAAGACUUAGAGACUUGGGAAACGCGCUACAUGUUGUUGCUGUGGCUGUCCGUGGCCUGCCUAAUCCCGUUUGACCUUUCUCGUCUGGAUGGUCACCUAGAAUCAGAAGGUGUUAAGAUUAGAGAGCCCGUCAUGGAGCGUAUUCUCGCUGUUGCAAAGACUUACCUUCUUGUCAGUGACUCUCCUAGAGAUGCUGCCUCAGUUCUUGUCUCAAAGUUUAUGACGCGCCCCGAUGUGAAACACAAACGUCUCGGGGACUUUCUGGACUGGAGUCUCACCACUAUAUCUCAGACCAGUGCCCACUCAGUGAUAGAAAUCAUGAUGCUGGAUGGUGUCCUGCAGUCUUUGGCAAAGCUUUUCAAACAUGGGAAACGAGAUGACCUUUUACAAUACGCUCCUAUAGUUCUGCGUUGUCUAGAGCAGAAGGAGUUAUCAGAGAGCAGCGAGGCUAAGCUGCGAAAGAUCUACGUCAAACUAAUUCAGAGACUCGGCCUUACCUUCCUAAAACCACGUUUAGCUGCUUGGAGGUACCAGAGAGGCAAUCGCUCCCUUGCUGCUAACCUUGCUAUCUCUCACGCUGCUGCAGCCGCUGCUGCUGUCUCUCCUGAGACAGAAACACAAGAACAGGAUGAGGACUAUGACAUUCCUGAGGAGGUGGAAACUGUGAUUGAGCACCUGCUUGUUGGCCUGAAAGAUAAGGAAACAGUUGUGCGCUGGUCUGCAGCAAAGGGCAUUGGGAGGGUGACUGGGAGGCUUCCUCAGGAGCUGGCAGAUGAUGUGGUUGGAUCAGUUUUGGACUGCUUCAGUUUUCAGGAAACGGAUAAUGCCUGGCAUGGAGGCUGCCUUGCCCUGGCAGAACUAGGAAGGAGAGGUCUGCUGCUUCCAUCACGAUUGACUGAUGUCGUGCCGCUUAUAAUCAAGUCACUGAGCUACGAUGAGAAGAGGGGAGCAUGCAGUGUCGGUUCCAACGUGCGCGACGCUGCCUGCUACGUCUGCUGGUCUUUUUCCAGAGCUUAUGAACCUAAAGAACUUCAGCCAUUUGUCACCCAGAUUGCAAGUGCCUUGCUGAUCACAGCUGUGUUUGAUCGAAAUGUCAACUGCCGCAGAGCUGCCUCUGCUGCCUUCCAGGAGAAUGUCGGCAGACAGGGCACCUUCCCUCAUGGUAUUGACAUCUUGACAGCAGCAGACUACUUUUCUGUGGGAAAUAUCAGCAACUGCUAUCUGAACAUUAGUGUCUACAUAGCUAGUUUUCCAGAGUACACCAAAUCCAUCAUCGACCAUUUGAUAUCCAGAAAGAUCAACCACUGGGACAGUGCGAUCCGAGAGCUUGCCACAAAAGCACUCCACAAUCUGACGCCUCAAGCACCCGAUUAUAUGGCAACAACAGUUUUGCCACAGCUGUUGACCGCAGCGGUGGCUGUUGAUCUCCACGGUCGUCAUGGAGCCAUUCUUGCAUGUGGAGAAAUCACAUAUGCUUUGUACAAAGUCGCACUUCUGACCAACAGGAGUGUGAUGGAUAUCAUUUCUCCAGAAAGUGUGGAUGCACUGAAGAACAUUCACAAUGUGCUUCAUGAAAGAAAACAAUACAGGGGCUUCGGUGGAGGGCUAAUGAGACCAGCAAUUUGUAGUCUUAUAGAAAAGUUGUCCCUGUCUAAAAUGCCUUUCAAGGACGACCCCAUAAUUACUGGGUGGCAGUGUCUAAUCGAUGACACCAUAAAGAGUCUUCAUCUCUUUUCAAGUGGACCAAAGAUGAACAUUGUUGUUGCCGUAGUAACAGCCUUAUCCGCCUUGUGUGAGGAGUACUACCAGGACAAAACAAACCAGGCUGACGCACAAAUACAAGAUGUGCUCAUAUCCCAGUACCUCGAUGGGCUGAAGAGUUCCCAGGUGCUCACUCGUUGCGGAUCUGCUCGCGCCCUCGGCUGUCUGCCGGGAUUUAUGGUCCACAGCAAAUUGAAGCAGAUCUUUGAAGGCCUUCAGCAUAUGUGUGCAGUCAGCCAGAAGGAGGGGAAUUUCACGGAGGCAAGGAGAGAUGCAGUCAGAUCAGUAGCUCAGGUCUUUAUGAAGGCAGGAGUUUGUCGCCACGGCUGCCCUGACUCCGUCCUCUGCUCUGAGAAUAUCGCUGAGGUGUAUGGCGUUCUUCUCAGCAGCCUCAACGACUAUACAACAGACAGCAGAGGGGACGUAGGGGCCUGGGUAAGAGAGGCAGCAAUGACAAGUCUAAAGGAACUCACUUUGAUGGUGGCCAACAGUGCUCCAGAGAUCCUUUCACCAAACCUGGUGAAGUCUAUGAUGUGCUGCCUGGCCCAACAGGCUGCAGAGAAGAUUGACCACUACAGAGCCCAUGCUGGAAACAUCUUCCUGCACCUCCUUCACAACACCGAGCCUGUAGUACCUCACAUCCCCCACAAGGUGGAACUGUUGAGCAUCUUUCCUGUUGAGACCAUAACCAGCCUAAACUGGAAUGCCCCAUCCCAGGCUUUCAAGUACAUCGCACAGCUGCUUGGAUUGCCUGAGUAUCAGUACCACACCCUGCUGGGGCUCUCUGUGUCAGUGGGAGGGAUCACGGAGUCCACAGUUCAUCACUCCUCGCAGUCACUCUUUGUCUUCCUGAAAGAGAUUCAGAACGACAGCGACGCUCUGACACAGUUUGCACAAACGUUGCUGAGGAUCUUUAGGGAUAAUCUUCACAAUGACAGAGUAUGUGUUCCCUUACUUAAGAUGCUCAGUCAGAUGCUUGCUAACAGCUUUUUUGAAAUCUUCACCACGCAAGAAAAUCACCAGGUCUGUGUGGACUUUUUAGUUCUUUGCAAAGAGUUAAGGAAGUCCAGGGAUGUAGUCAAGCUACGUGCCUGUGUGGACGUAUUCUGUGGACUGAUCCAGUUCCAGGGAGACGUGAGGAAGAAAGUUUUGUCCCAGCUGCUGUUGCUGCUCUGCCAUCCAUUCCCAGUGAUAAGGAAGACCACGUCCAGCGAAAUGUAUGAGAUGCUACUGACCUAUGAUGACAUUACUGAUCCAGAUGUGCUCGAUGAUGUCAUGACCUUGCUAAGUGACACUGAGUGGGAGAGCGACCUCACCACAGUACGGACACACAGGAAUCAGCUUUGCGAUUGGUUAGGGGUCCCCAGGCCACAGCCAAUUACCAAGGGCCCUGCCCAGGUUUCAUGAUUACUGGUGGCUGUUAAAUCCGGCAGCAGCUCUCUGAUAACAUCUUAAAGAAUUCAAAAAAACAAAAACAAAUGACUGAACAUGGUGUUCUUCUCUAAAUAUGUCAGGUAGUCUGUUUAUCUCCCAGAAAAUCGCACGGCAAGCAUUGCAGCCUGUUCAAAUAAUUGAACAUAAAUGAAAAAGUAAAGUAUAUCUGUCACAGUUGCUCCGUUAUUGUCGCUGCAGAUGCUUACCAAUAGCAACCCUUUUCUUUGAUGUUGAAUUCAUAAAACAAUAAAUGACCUUAAACGUAUCGGUAGCAAGUCUUUUGUUUUUUUUUGUCAGUAAUACUAUUGUUCCACGCUCUAUUUAGGCCUCGGUCGAGCUGUUUAGAUGUAAGCUGUACCUGGAGCAGCACAGGCAUGUGAAAUUUAAACUGUACUUUGCAAACACUCCAGGGAAAUAGUUACCAUUUAAAUGUUUUGGCACACGCCGUGGAAUGUCACUGAGGCCCCUGCUUCCCCUUAGGGAAGCCAGACCUACUUUUUCUGUGCUGGCGAAGGUGCCAGCGGUUGAAGGAGUCUGAGGCCUGAUAGCGGGAGCUUUCGUGGUUGCCUCCAGAACAGAGGCUGUUGUGUCACCAUUGGUCUGGGCUUUCUAAUUAGUGGCUGAUAGUGGCAACAUUGUGCCAUUCAGUCUCUUCAACAAAGGUGCAAUUGUUGCAUUAUUUUAGAAUUUGGUGGUUUUGCUGGCUCGUCAUACAUAGCAGAAGCUUCUUAAGCUAGUAAUCACUAUAUUGCAUUACAUUUUACUGCAUGGUUCACAUAACUCUGUUUAAUCCUUUCCCAUAGACACUGGCAUUUAUUUCACUUAUGUUUAUACUAUGUGUUAUGUGGUGUGUAUCUGAGUAGGGGUAUUACCACAUACUUGACUUCUAAACAUUGGCUUUAUGGAAGUAUAAACAUGGUUGAUUAUUUUUUUUUGUUAUUAUUUCUGAGCGAGGAACUUCACAAUGUCAAGUCUGAUGUCAGAUUACAAAACCUGGUGUUAUUAUUUCACUGUUUAUAUUCACAUGAAUUUAAAUAAAGUGAGAUACUACUUUGUAACCUUA